AUGGCAUUUGUUUUUAAAGUACUCUUCGUGUCAGCGCUAGCGUAUAGUACACACGCUGGAUACCUAUCCGGCCACCAUUCCAGUCAUGACAGUCAUUACAGUCAUCACGACUCAUUUUUGUCAUCAGCUUUACAAUCUCCGUCGGCUUCUUUUGGAUCACCCUCUCAUACUUAUGGAGUACCAGCUUCAUCACAAAUCCAUCACCACAGUUCUGGACCUGGUGUGUCUGUUGAAGAGACAGUAGUUAACGACGAUGGCCCAGUCUUAGCUGGCGCAUCCCUCCCUGGUAGUAGCUAUCCUGGAUUAUAUGACAAUUCAAAUGGAUAUGGUAAUGGCGGAAUUAGCUCUGGACCUGGGUCUUCUUAUGGUGUCCCUUCACAAAGUGGUGUUUCGGGGCCUGGUUUAAUCAACGGACCUGGACUAGGGCUUCCUUCUUCUGAUUAUUCUGCUCCUAGCGCAUCCGGUGGGCCCUACUCAGAGGGUAGCCUUCUCCUUGACUCAACAUUACCUGGAUCUGGCGGACAAGUUGUCGGUAACACUAUUGGAGCACCAAGGGUGAUUGGUACUACUGUUUCCGUUGGAAGACCGCAGGCUUCUGCUACAAGAUACGAAUUGCAAUCUGUUGUUCAGAAUGUCGUGCGUCGUAUUCCAGUUGAGGUGGUUCGCCACAUUCAGGUAGCUGUACCCCAUCCAGUCCCUGUGCCAGUUCGCGAGGAAGUAAAGGUACCUGUUCCUCAACCCUACCCUGUGCAUGUUGAUGUCGUCAAACAUGUUCCAUACCCUGUAUAUAAAACUCAGCAUGUUGAAGUAGAGAGGCCAGUCCCAUAUGAGGUUGUAAAACAGGUCCCGGUUGAAGUCAUCAGAAAGGUUCAUGUACCCGUGGAUAGGCCAUAUGAAGUGAUCAAGAAAAUCCACGUGCCCGUUGAGAAGCAUGUUGAGGUCCCAGUAGCUGUUUGGAAGCCGUAUCCGGUCCAUGUCAUCAAGCACGUCACCCACUACAAGAAAAAGAGUUGUUGCUGGUAA